AUGGCUGGGUCCAGCGGAUUCAAGGUGGUCUCCUACAACAUCUUGGGUCACCAUUCGUGGUAUUGGGAUGAUUCAUGGCCAGCCAAAAUGGCAGACUUCCCUUGGGUUCAGAGGCUACAAGUACUCGAGCAUGAGUUAAGUGCACUCGAUGCUGAUGUGGUAUGUUGCCAGGAGGUUACACAGGACAUGUUUGCCUCGCUGAAUGCGCGACUUGCUGCUCGGGGAUAUAUUGGCUUACACGCGCUUCGGCACUUGCCAGAGUGGACUUAUGACGAGCGCUGGGAAUCAAGUCAGCUUGGAAUCGCCAUCUUUGUCUGGCAUUCGAAGUUCGAGGUGGUGGAGGCUUCCCACAGGUUUGCCAGGGACUUGCUUCAGGAAGAUGAGCGGCAGCGCCCGGACACGCACAAUCUCUCAAUGAGGUUGCUUGCAAGGCCGGACAGUGUGAUGAUCUGUCGACUACGGCUAAAGCAACGAGGCUCGCCACCAAAGGACUUGCUGAUUGCUUGUGCACAUGCUGUCUGGUGGUACACCGACGAUCCACAAUAUCCCAUCUCUUGCAAACCCGUUCAAAUCAUGCUGAUGUUGCGAGCGAUUGAUGACUUUGCGCGUUCCCGAGGCUUGGAUACAAGGCGCGUGGUGCUUUGUGGUGACUUCAACACCCUGUCGUGCUCUGGCAGCUCGAGCAGCAAAUACGACGACGUUGCAGGCUAUGAGCUGCUCACAACAGGGCUCUUGGCCACAGGGCAUCCGGAGCAUCCCGCACAGCAUGGUUGGGCAUUGUUUGAUCUGAAGGCUCCGUUCUGUAUGCAGAGUGCUUAUGUCGUGAAGCUUGGCAGGGAACCUUCCUUCACCUCGAGGACUUCCACUUUCACCGCCACCAUGGACUACAUCUUUGUGGGCGAUGCAAUAGAGGUUGUGGAUGUGCUGCCAUUGCCGGAGGAGUGCCCCCCUUGCCCAAACAAGGAUCACCCCUCGGAUCACUUGCCCAUCGGUGCCAACCUGAGGAUGAAGCCCUGGGUUUAG